UAAUUUUCAACAUGAAUUUGAACGAAGAAGAUUUUAAUACUUCUGAUUCUUGGCUAUCGGAGCAAUUAUUUGCCCAGUUAAAGGAUCUAAACUCUGAAUAUAAAGAUAGAAACACUUCAACUGACUUUUUGCUAAAUGAUACUUUCCAGAAUUGCGGUAGUAGCAUACCAUUAUUGGAUGUUUAUGAUGACAUUCCUUUACAGGAUUUAAAGCCAACUUCUUUGGAUUCUUUUGAAACUGCACUGAAUGUAAAUACUUUCCCAGGUUCUUAUAAUAUAAACGAGGAAGUUUUGGAUUUGAGUCAAAUGCCUUUAAAAGAACAUCGCACAAAAUCAGCUCAAACUGAAGGAAACUUGAUUGAUUUAGUAGAAAACAUUCCUUUGGCAGUUGACCCUGUUGCAAGUAAUGUAGAAACAUUUAUACAUGAUGCUUCUAAUUUUGAUCCACCUCCAUUUGAUGCUAACGAAGAGGUACUAAAAAUAUUAAAGUUUUUAGAAACUCAACCAAAAGAAGAAAUGGUUUCAGAGAUUACUGUUCCUCAGCCAUUAAUAUUGCCGUUAUCGGGAGCACCAAAAAUAAUAAAAUGUGUGAACUGCAAUUUUAUAUUUAAUAUAGACGAUUUUCAAUCCCACGUUUGUGAUUGUGAUGAUUAUAAUUUGAUAAAGCCAAAAGAAACAAAAAUUAAUAGCACUUGUAAACCUAUUAAGGAAGAAAUUUCAUUGCCACUAGAGCCAGCAUGCAUACGUUUACUAAAAGAAAAUCAAAUACGUAUUAGACGCUUUCUUAAAGACGAAUUAAAAUAUGAUGUAAAUACAACUUCCUCGUCUGGUGUUAUAAAUUCAUCCAUCACAUCUAAUGCUUCAAUAACUAGUAAUAAGAAACCAGAUGGUCCUCACGAAUGUACCUUAUGUGAAAGAAAAUUUGUGCAUGCUUCGGGUUUAUUACGUCAUAUGGAGAAGCAUGCUUUGGAUUUAAUACCCAAUGCUCAUACAACAACUAAUAAUAAGAAUGUAGCUACACAAGGGGCCCAAGGUAUAAAUGGCUUACGCGUAGUCAUUAAAUGCACCUUAUGUGGUCGCAUUUUCUUUGAAUCGUAUGAAGCUUUGAAGCAUUUGUUUUCACAUUUUCCGGACUCCAUAGCUGAAGAAAAGGAAGUGGAUAAUUGUGCUGAAAUACCUUACGAUGCCUAUAUAGAUGAUGCCUUGAAUAAUCUAAAUUCAGAGGCCCAAGGAAUUUCAUUUUACAAUUCUCCUAUUUCAAGCUAUGAAGACGAUAAAGCACCAGUUUACCUUAAAAUAGUAAUAUUAAGUUGCAUUUUGCAAUGUGAAUUUUGUGAUCUAGUAUUCUCUGAUGUGUCCUAUUUAUUUGUACACUCAGCAUGUCAUUUACCAUUUAGAAGAUUUGAGUGUUUUGCUUGUGAUAUACAUGUUAGAACAUCGAAAGAAAUCUGUACUCAUUGGCAUGCUGAAUGUGUUUUUAUGCGCGAAAAUUUAAAAGUUCAUCAUGCAACUACUCAACGUUAUUUUGUUUGUAAUGUGUGUGAGAAUAAGUUCCAAUCCAUGGAUUUACUGCAUGAGCAUCGUUAUACCUCUUAUCAUUUCUUUCCACGCCUGAACAAAAAUACUGGUACUCUGCAAUUGCCUUGUGAAUAUUGUGAAUGUAUUUUUGAAAACGCUCAAGAAUGUGUUAUCCACUAUGAAGAGAAACAUUACAGAAAGUACAAAAGAGAUAAGGAUGGUACUAAAGGGUCAAGUAAGACCCGACAAUACUUGUGUGAUAUAUGUGGAAAAUCUUAUACCCAAUCUAGUCAUUUGUGGCAACAUUUGAGAUUUCAUCAGGGUGUGAAACCAUUUGCAUGUAAAGAACCAGGUUGUACUCGAAAAUUUACAAUUCGUCCCGACUUAAAUGAUCAUAUUCGCAAGUGUCACACCGGUGAAAGACCUUACCAUUGUCUGGUAUGUGGUAAGCGUUUUCUUACGGGGUCCGUUUUUUACCAACAUCGUCUAAUACACCGUGGCGAAAGACGGUAUGAAUGCGAUGCUUGUGGGAAACGGUUUUAUCGUGCUGACGCAUUAAAAAAUCACCAACGUAUUCAUACUGGAGAAAAACCAUUUGGCUGUCACUUUUGCACCAAAAACUUCAGACAACGUGGAGAUCGUGACAAACAUAUACGAGCUCGACACUCGCAUCUGGAUGCCAAUGCUCGUCUCAUGAUGCAAAUGCAAAAAUUACAGUUAGAAGCUGCCGCAGCUCAAGAGCAGGACUCGCAAAAACUGGCCACUACAUCACAUUCUAAGGAUGAUAUGUCUACAACUAAUGAAAAUAUGCUACCGCCAGAAUAUAACACUGCACAGGUUUCCUAUGUUAGGAAUAACAAUUUAAAUGAUAUACUUAUGAUGGGCAAUGUAAAUUUUUCCAAAAAUGUUUUUGAGUCUAUAAUGGGCGAUAUUAUUCAUUAAAUAGAUUUAGAGUUGUUAUUAUUUAU